CGUUUAAACUAUGUGUAUGUGGAUAUCUGUGUGUGCGUGUGGAUGUCUGUGUGUGCGUAUGGAUGUGUGGACCAGUGCCCACGCAGGCCAGAGGCAUCCAAUCCCCGUGGAGUUGGAGGGACAUUCAGUUAGGAACUGUCAGAUGUGCAUGGUGGGACUUGAACUUGGGUAACCUGGAAGAGCUUUACUACAUACUCCUAUCCACUGAGCUGCCUCUCCAGCCCCACAUGACUGGGAUGUUUCAAUCGGAGGAGAUGUACCAUGGUAGAAUGAAUUGGAAUGUGGACUCACGUUACCCACCUCCUUCCCGCUGUUUAUGUUCUUCGGCUAAGGGGAUCAGACAGUUGCUGGGGUGCCUUGUAGCUUUCCCUGGAUAGUCACAAAGGUGAUGCUUCAACAUCUUAGUAAGCUGUCAGACUCAACUCAGUUAUCUAUUAGACUCUGAAAUAAUGUAUACAAUUAAUCUCUUCAAAAUUGGGAUGCUCAGAAAGGCUGUAACUCUCUGUCUAAAGCUUUCUAUAGCUCUUUGUCUAAAACUCCCUUGUGGUAGAUUGUACACACAAUGUGUGCUAACUUUAUGAAGUAAAACACAACUGUUAGCUCUCUGUGUUACGGUAGUGAUUUCCCUGUCAUGCCUGUCUCAGAGUUCAGGGAGAUUCAUUUUUUGUAGGAAAUGCUGGUUGCUAGAAUUACUUAAGAUACUCUUGGGAAUAAUGAAGUAAGACAUUUACCUCUUGUCAAACUCUAGACUUGGUUUUAAUUUAGGGUGGGCAAGUGGUCCUAGCCAGGGCCUCUUCUAUAGCAUACCUGUGUAAGCAGACAAGGACUAGGGGCAGUAACUGGGAUUGCUUUUGCAUUCCAAUGUUAAUGGCAGAGGUUGGCUUGGUUGUUGGUCACCUCACUGAUACACACAAGGGGCCCUGGUCUUAAAUUGAUUCUAUCUUAAAUUGGUUAGUUAAAAGUAUUUUUUAUGAUGUGAAAGUGAACCUGAAUAAGAACCCAGAGAAGGGACUAUGACAUCAUUGCAAACACUAGCUAUGUUUAUAUCAUGGAGAUGUGGACUGAGCUUAUGUUUGUAAACUGUAUAAGCUGGCAGCAGUCUCUUUAAACACGUGGUCUGAACACUUACUCAGAUCUUGAUGCGGUGACUCUGUGGGGACUACCUACUAGCCUGGAAGUUAGUUCUGAGUCCAGGCGCACGUAGAGUGUUUCACACUGGUAUUCAUAUGCUUCAUGACAUCACUGACAGCAGCUGGCUAGCAAAAUUUGGGAAAAGGUACAUUGGGAGCGAUGGGGUUUACAUAGCUACUCCCAGAAUAACUGGAUGGAACAGCACUGAUGAUGGCCCAGUGGCUAGGCACAAUCAUGGUAUCAACAGGAAUGGCCUUUAAAAUCUAGUGUGUGUGUGUGUGUGUGUGUGUGUGUGUGUAUGUGUGUGUGUAUGUGUGUGGGGGGGAUAGGAUCGUUUGAGUCAGAAGUGCCUGUGCGUGUGUGUCUGCGUCUUGUCAUCGCACUUUUAUUCAUCAUGGUUAAACAAGGAAAACUCACGUAGGACAGAAAGCAUGAGAACCAACUUAGACUGGGGGAAAGAAAUCAAUAGCCCUGGCAUUUAUCAGCUGGGAAGACAGACAGCAAAGCCAGCCGCAGACUUCAUAGGAAGAAGCAAUGUUUUCCCGAGGUCUUAGAGGAAAACUAGAAUAAUGACGUAGUGUUUGGCCAGCAUUGCCUGCAGACCGGCCCUGCACUACCUGCCUUCCUUUACCAGGUCACUAAUUACUCCCUCCUGACAGUCCCCACUCCAUGUUCAGUCCCCACUCUCCCUUCAGAAAUAGCUGCCUGCGAGCUGAUCUCUGCUUUCUUGAGAGUAUCCCUAGAUCCUUUACGGAUGCUUGCCUCUUGUGUAGUAGUGAUCAUAAUUCCCUGGCUCUCCCUUCUGACUUUAUAGACCGCGCACUCGGUCCUGGUGAGCUUGUGUAAGCAGGUCUUAGAGGUGUCCCCAAACUAUGGGGUUCAUCACUAUAUGACUGGGGAGACACCCUUGACUGGUGCUGACACAGUGGACAGAAAUCAGCACUUAAUGAAGAUGAUUACUGAUACACACAGUGUGACUCAUUCUCAGAAACUCAUGGAAUGGACCAAAAACAGUACCUUAACCUUACUGUUCACAUCUUGAUUCCAGAAAGAGAAAAGAUCUAUGACGUUUGAUAGGAAUCUGAUCAGCCAGUUUGAAGUAAGGCUUCAAACCAUGAGAGAACUUGAAAAAAGUUCGGACUCCUGCUUAGUGGGUAUCCAGUUAGCCCUUCGAUCCUUGGGCUUCAUUCACAUCCACACACUGAGCAGACCACGCACGGAUCAAAAAAUAUUUGGAAACAUUUGUGUAUAUGUAUUUGUAUAUUGUGUGUAAGUACAGACUUAAUGAUUUUCCCCCAAUUCUAAUCAUUAUAAAAACUAUGUCGUUUACAUUGCAAUAAGUAUUACAAGCAAUCUGUAGGUAAUUUCAUGAAUGGCUAAGUGAAAUACUAUGUCAUUUUAUGUAAGGCAGUUGAGAAUCCUCGUAUUUAUGUACCCAUGGGGUCUGAAACCAAUUACCUACUAAAGUACCAAACAAUGACUAUAUACACACAUCUGUUGAACCCACUUGACUAACAUAUUAGUUUUAUUUCAUAAAUGUCACAUCUCAAUGUAUUAAGCAAUGCGAUGGCAAGGUUUUAGGCCAGAGUUGGGGUAGGUGGCAGGUAACGAGGUUAGCUGUGACUCUAAACCAUGGCUCAGAGGUCUGGAAGAUAAUCUCCCCCUUACCUUUUAUGACUCUGCCGUCUGAAUGGAUUUGAAGUCACGUAAAUUCAUAAUGUUAAAUGGUCUUUGCUGCACUAAGCGGGUCGUCCCGGUGAUCAGUGUCAUUAAUAAGUGCCCCGACUGUCCAGUAACGACACCUAGAGAGGCGUGACUUGGCACGUACUCACGUACUCACCGAUGGCGGCCUCUCAAGGACAGAGACUAGUUAAGCCUUCAGGUACAAGAUGCUUCGUGGAUGGAUCGGAAGAGAUUGGAAAUGACUUCAAGCUAAAAUGUGAACCCAAGGAAGGCUCCCUUCCACUACAGUUUGAAUGGCAGAAACUGUCGGACUCCCAGACAAUGCCUACGCCAUGGCUGGCAGAAAUGACGUCACCAGUUAUAUCUGUGAAGAACGCCAGUUCUGAGUAUUCUGGGACAUACAGCUGCACGGUUCAAAACAGAGUGGGCUCUGACCAGUGUAUGCUGCGACUAGACGUUGUCCCACCCUCCAACCGAGCCGGAACGAUCGCGGGCGCCGUCAUAGGGACGCUGCUGGCCCUUGUGCUCAUCGGGGCCAUCCUCUUCUGCUGUCACAGGAAACGCAGAGAAGAGAAGUACGAGAAGGAAGUUCAUCAUGAUAUCAGGGAAGAUGUGCCUCCUCCAAAGAGUCGGACAUCCACUGCCAGGAGCUAUAUUGGCAGCAACCAUUCCUCCCUGGGAUCCAUGUCCCCCUCUAACAUGGAGGGGUAUUCCAAGACGCAGUAUAACCAAGUCCCCAGUGAAGACUUUGAACGUGCGCCUCAGAGCCCGACUCUGGCACCCGCUAAGGUAGCUGCCCCUAAUCUCAGUCGAAUGGGAGCGGUUCCUGUGAUGAUUCCUGCACAGAGCAAGGACGGGUCUAUAGUAUAGAACUCCGCACCUCUCUGUUCUGCUGUCCGUGGCUCGUUUCUUCUCUUGACAUAUCAACAUUUAUUCUAUUCUAAAUUUUGUUAACAGUAGCCCAUAUAUAUAAUAUAUAUGUGUGUGUAUGUGUAUAUAUACACAUGUGUACACAUAUACGUAUAUGUACACAUGUGUAUAUAUGCAUAAUAUAUAUGCAUAUAUACGCACUUAUAUAUGCAUAUAUAUAUAUGAAGAAGUUUAUAAGAAUCAUACUCCAUAAGAUUUUUUUGGUUAUUGUGAAACAAUAAAGGCUUAAGAGUAAUAGCAUUGACCAUCUGGAAAAUUUGGGGUUUCUUACCAAGUUGAUUUUAAGGCCCUUAUCUUAUAUCUGAAGAAAGAUAUAGCACUUUGAAUAUGAUGUCAUGGGUGAAGAAAUUUGUGAGUUUACACACAUCCCAAGUUGAUUCUUGAAUCAUCUGAAAAUGAUACUUCGUAGUUUCUACCAUUAUUUUCAGGAUAUCUGUCUCAUUUAUUGAUGAACAUCAGUAUCUCUCAAAUUGAAAAACAAAUCCAUGGAAAAACUGCUUAAUGUAUGAAUUUGUUUUUAUAGUCUGAGAAUUCUAAGUGUAUUUGGUUACCUGUAAAAGUAGGAGACAUGACUGUUUUAGAAAUGACUAGUUUUCUUUCUAAGUCAUUCCUAAACAUCUAUGACACGAUUUCUUUCCUGUCUUUUUUUCUUUUGUUGCUGUUUGGAGAUAGGGCCUCAGUGUGUUCGUUGCCUAGGCUGGCCUCAAAUCCUGAUCCUUCUGCUCCCUGAAUGCUGGGCUCUCAAGGCUGUAUGGCUGUAGAACAGUUUCCUAAGCAUUUAACCGGUACACUACAGAGGUAGCAGGAAGCAGGAAGCUUUAGUGCACUACAAAAGAAGCGUCCGCUACACAGAGCUGAAACCCUUGAUGCUGCAUGGGUCGGGGUAGGGGGAGGAUCGAUGAGGACAGUGUCUGUGCCUCGCUCGGGGCCUGUGGACUGCUGCAAUCCUGAGCAGGCAGGGUGAGGGUGGCAGAUUUAUGGGUCUGUAGCUAAACACUGCCCUUCUACUGUAAGUGAUGGUUUUGCAAUUGGAAAGGAAGGAACAGAGGGAGGGAAGGGAGAGAGGGACAGAAGGAACGAAAGGAAGGAAGAAAGGAAAGAAAACUGUUAAUUCACUUAUCUGGAUGAGAAUUCUCAAAUUACUGAUUUUUAAAUGUGUGUUUUUGUUUUGUGGCAGACCGUACUGCACAUUUUAUGUUGUAAUCUAGGCUUUUGAGUUGUAGUACGGUUCCUGGAGGCUAUUUUUUUCCUCUAAGAGUCAGUGAACAAAGAGAUUUGAGGCAAGUUAAGUGUCUUCCCUGGUCCUGAAUUCCAGACUUGAGCAAUGUGCUUGCUGGCCCGUGGCCGCACCUGCCUCUCUCUAGCUGUCAGAAAUCAAGUCUGAGUCUUAGUUUUGUGAAAGUGACUUACUCUUAAAAGAAAUUUUAAAAGGAGUAAAGGGAAUACUCCUACCUGCCAAAUGUAUUAAAUAUAGUUUUCGUAGGAAAAAAAAAGUGAAUUUAUUGUAUAUCCCUUAAGAUUGUGAGGGAGUGUGUGUAGCGUGUAUUGAGCCAGCAUUUCCUUUAUAGUAGAUAAGGUCUGUAAUAAAAGAUUUCAUUAACUGCAAAACCUUUCCCCUAGGGAAUUGGUCCCUGCUAAUCUCUUCAGGUGCUGUGCUGGUAAAUGCUACAUUAUAAAUUAAUGUUGGCAUGCAUUUACGACUAAGCAGAAUAAUGUGUAUACUUUUAAAUGGUGAAUUUAAACUGAAUGUCCAUGUAAUGGAUUCGUGUACAGUUUUACAUAUUUGGAAGCAUUUUUUUUAAACUAGGUUUAAACCUCACGUAAAAUCACUUUUUAUAUUUGUGUUGUCUUCAUCUGUGCCUUUUUAGGUAAAUUUAAUUUCUACAAUGACUUUCUGGUGCCUAUGAGCUAGCUAUCACCUACCUUGAAGGUGCUUAGAGGUGAAGGUACUGUUUUCAAAAGCACAUCACUGUGGCUUUCUACCCUUAGAGUCCCCCUCUCGCCUUCUCUCCUCUGCUUUUCUUGAUGUCACUUAAAUAAUACCACUGUUUAUUAGGAUUUAAAAGAAAGUCACACCCUCAGUACGCUUUGACCGUGCUUCUAGUUUAUAACCAUAGCCAUGUUUGACUUUCAGAUGUUUGGCAUUUUUAUAAGAUAUUACAAGAAUAAACUGGAAUGCAGCUUGUAAUGGUUUCGAGAAUGGUAAUGAAGAUUAUGCUAGGUAGAAAACACUACAAAAGCAGAUGUGUGGAAUCUUUUCCUUUUCCUAGACUUUGUAUUUAUUUAAAGGCAAACAAAACCUAGAGUAUCCCGCUAUUUUUAGUCUAGAUCUGUAGCAACUAUAAUCUGAAAGAGAAACUUGUUUAAAAAAAAAACAAACACUGUGAACCCCAACAGGCCUGGAGGAUCAAGAAUCAGAGACAUAGUUGAUUUUUUAGGCUUUGGCCUGCAGCGCUUCUCAUUGUUAGCCUCAGUUUCCCCCAAAGGUCAGACAAGUACUAGCAAUUUCCCAGACAACCUCACUGAUUUUAGUCAACCAAGGAGCAAGUACUUGCUCUAGAAUCAAUGUUGGUAAUGGUCAACAGCUCAUCGGCCGUGCUGGCGCAUCUUAACGUAGAGCCAGUGUGAGUUCAGGGCCAGCACUGUCUUCCCAGCAGACCUUUCUGAUUCCGCGCUAUACACGAGAGACUUAUUAACCCAUAUUGUGAUGUUCCAAGAACAUUAAAACAUCUCUGGAGUGAAAUGACACUCGUCUGUGUUCUGAAUACAGAACAGUUUAUGAGUAUUAAUUUAUUGAUAAUCUUAGUAGUAUUUUCCUGUUAGAAAGCCUCCCCUUCUGCUCAGAGGCUGGCAUCAAUUUUUGUGAUUUUGUAGUUACAUAGACAAGUACUUCCUUAAAUUUGAGUUAUCUACCAAGGAUUUAUUAGUAUGGAGACAGACUGAGUGUGUUUAGUGGGGAAGAUCCAUAUAGACUAUGGAAAUGCCUAAUUUCUGGCACAUGUGACUGUGCACAUCAUCUAUGAUCCCUGAACUCAGAGGCACAGGACGAUCAUGGCUUUGAGGCCAGUAGCCAGUUCAAAGCAAGCCUGAGCUUCCCCGAGCGACCUGGCACCGAGAGACUGGACUCAGUAGUACAGCAUUUUCUCUAGAAUGGGCAAAAAGAAUGAGGUCUGAAUCUGAAUUCUUUUAAAGAAAUGAAUUUCAGACUGUACCCUGGGAAUUAGAUUACGUGGAGAGGCAAGUAAGCUUUUUGAUUAAAAAGAACUCACUGCAUGGAGUUGGCUAUUCUUUAAUGUGUGACUUAUGAAAUAACUACUGUCUCUGUGUGUACAGCAUGUAAAUUUGAAGCUAUGUGAAUGUUCAUUCAUAGGUUUCUGGGGUUUUUUUCUAAAAUAUUUCCAAUAGUGUUUAGAGUGUUCUCAGCUGCCUUAUUUCAGUGUGAACAGAUAACAUUCCUAUUUUAUGUGGUGAAUGCUUUAAAUGUGUCACUUACAGAGUAGUUGUAGAAAACAGCUGGCACGAUUUUAAGUGGUUUGCGACAUUAUAUAUUAUAUAUGUACAUAUAUGUUUAUAACAUUAUUGUGUUUCAUAGUAUAACUGUUCUGGGCAAGUUUUAAUAUUUCAAAUGCCUCUGGAUAUUCCAGCAAUAAAGGCAACAUGUUCUGCAGUCAAAUUUCUCGUUUGCCUACUUUGACACUAAAAUAAUCUGUAUUUGAGCAAUAUUCCUUUUGAAAAUAUUAUAGAAUGAGGGAAUAAAUUUGUGAAUUGUGGUUAUUUCUCCUUUAGGAAGGCUGACCAUUUGUUUACCUUCCUUGAAUGUGACCUUAAAUUUUAAGUUCAGGCUUACAAACUAUGUCCCAGUUUGUAAUUUAGAGAAUAGAGGCCAUCAGUUGGGCUUGUUGUUGAUUCAGACACUAAGAAGUCUGCCAAAGACGAGCUUUGGGAUUUCUGCUAAUUUGUUUAAUGACACAGGUGCUGAGAAGGACCACAGUUCACCAACUGACUUAUUCUUGUCCCUAAUCGUGAAUUUUGGCAAUAAACACAGUUGUAUUAAGAACACUAAUUUGACACCCACAUUUGCAAAGUUAUAGUGUCAGUUUCAGAUUUUGUAUUUCAAAUAUCUGGAUUACAUAUUCAAUGAUGCAGAUUUCAAAGUUUGUAAGAACAGUUUUGUCUAAACACAGAACCUUGCUCUUAGUUUUGUGACCUUGUGUACUUUUGAAAUAAAAUGAAGAAAGCAGUC